UACAUUGUAAAGGCUACAAUUUAGGAUAUGUGUUCUUCAUCUGCGUGUAAAAAUAAGUAGAAACUCAUGCUUUACUUAAAAUAUUAAAACCAGGAUGGAUCCGGAGUUCUUAGUCUUAAUUUAAACAAGAAAAGCACUCAGAGAACGCAGUACUCUGCCAGCACAGCGCAUUUUUGAACUUGGCUGCUCCUAAUCCCUGGAACAAUUUAUCUUUUUAUGUAAAAACUGCUCAGACUUGAGAAACUUUUAAGCUGCUGCUGAACACUUGCCUUUUUUUUCUAUAAUUCUGCAAUUUAAUUUAUCUGUUAUCCAAAGCAACGUACGUCUGAGAAUAUAUACUUGCAGUGGAGCAAGGUCAAACCGACCAAUAGGAACUCUUGUCUCUUCCACCAGCGUUGGCCCCGCCCAUUUGGUUCAGUCAGAUUCGCAACCAAAACUUUUGAACUUAUGAGCAAAAAAUAUUAGUUUUGAUUGAAGUUACGUCAAUAUGUUCUCAAAUAAUUUUAUUUUCAUUUGCAACCUGUUCUUUUUUGAUCUCAACUCUCUUUUGAUUGAUUGAAUAAUAAAGAAGCAAAAUUUUCUCCAUAGUAAGCACUUACAGGAACCGAAGGCCUAUGCACGCGUUCUCUUUGCAGACUUUAGCUCUGCCUUUGAUACUGUAUGCCCUAAGCUUCUGGUACAAAAGCUCUCCAGCAUGAAUGUCAAUCAGUUUAUAAUUAAAUGGUUUUAUUCUUUGUUAACUAACAGAUCUCAACAGGUCCAAAAUCCAAAACGGCGACCAGGAAGUAGCAAAAUCCUGGCUUCAUUUUCUCGGCGUUGAAACCAACGGGUGAUGUCACGGUUAGUUCAUGCCUGAUUCAGAUGACUGUAGGAACAGUCAGCCAAAUAAAUACAUUUUAAAAUUUUCAGAUGACACUGUAAUUCUUAGUCUUCUGAGAGGUGCUGGUCGUCCGGUGGGAUAUCUGGAAGAGAUCAAUUAUUUUAAAGCUUAUUCAACCAAAACCGAAGGAAUGGUAUUCAAUUUCAAAGGUGUACAUGUCCAUGAACCUGUGGCUUUGGGGAACAUGCAGAUUGAGAGCAGGUUGCCUCUUAUAAAUAUCUUGGUAUCCAAAUGGACAACCAGCUCAAAUGGAAUGUACAUGUUGAUUACUUGUGUACCAAAUUGGCUCAAAGACUUCAUUUUUUACGUAGGCUCAGACUUUUUGGUGUGAGUAUGGCAGCUUGAUUUGGGACUCUCUCUGUCCAGCUUAAAGCUAAAAUGGAAAAAAACAUCCAUGAAGGUAAUUUGCAAGAAGGACUCUCCAUCCCUUCAGAUGAUCUUUGAGAAGACAGUGCUCAGUCUGGCAAACAGAGUACUGUCUGAUCCUUCUCACACUCUUUUUUCAGAGUAUGAGCUGUUACCUUCUGGUACAGAGUGUGUCACUCUAAGAGUAACCGCUUUAAAUUCUCCUCCAUUCCCAUUUCUAUUGUUCUAAUGAACAGCCGGCACAUAGUGCACAGCUCUAACUAGGGUGCCUGCUACCGGCUUUGCAGGACUGAUAUACCUGCACUUACUGUUUUUCUUGUGUUGCUUAAUGGGAAUGUGUAUCCUACAUGCCAGUGUUCUUCUUAAUGCUAUACUCCUGCUACUGUUGUUUUAUGAUGUCUUUUUUUAAUGUUGAUGUGGACUGUAGCACUUUGCCCAAGACAAAUUUCCCUAGUGGGAUAAUAAAGUUUAUCUAUCCAUAUAUCCAUAUAUCCAUCUCUGUUCUUGCACAAUAUUUGUCACUUAGUUGCCCUCAUGAUACUGUCAUUGAGCUUACCGGGCAGAUGUUGCAGCUGAUGAUGCUGUAUUUCACAUAAACAAGGGAACAAGUCCAUCACAAUUUGAAUGUUAACAGUCCAAAAUGACAAGGUCAUAUACAGCUUUCCUAGUGGGUUAAAGAGCCAAAAACAAACAUGAAAAAUACUUUGUAAAAGUGAGAGGUCGGUAGCAGCUUUCAUUUUUUAUUACAACUUUUCCCCAAAAACUUACCCCACACGCACGCACGCACGCACGCGCACACACACACACACACACACACACACCAAAGUCAAGUGGACCUGAUGCUGGUGCCAUCUUCUCAUCCCCACCACAGAUGGAGCUGUGUUCACCUCUGCUCGGCGCCAGAGGCAGGGCUGAGUCACUCUGCAGGAAUUAGGAAGUCCGGUCGCUCCUUAUUCAACACUCAACAACGUCUGAGAGCAGGAUCAGAAAUGUCAGCUUCACAGCCAGAGCUGAGGCUGGUGGUCCUGGGCAGUACUGGAGCAGGACAGAGAUCAGCAGUGAGCUCCAUCCUGGGCCUACAAGACCAGGAUCAGGGCCCAGAGGCUAUAUCGGUCCAGGAGAGCAGCAAACACAGAGGAGAGGCCGCAGGCAGACAGGUGACGAUAAUCUCCAGUCCUGCCUGGUUCAGCUCCGACUGUAAGCCAGAGGAAAGAAGAAAGCACAUCUCCUCCUUCAUCUCCUUAUCCGGCCCAUCUCCACACGCCUUCCUGCUGUGCGUCCCCGUGAACCGGCCUUCCGACGGAGAGGCGAAGGCGUUGGACGUCCUGACGAAGCUCUUUGGGCCUUCUGCCGUCAGCGGACACACCAUCGUGCUGUUCACUCACACCGAGGUGCUGGAGGAGGACGAGCAGCUGGAGGAAUACCUCGUCACGUGGCGCAAGGACCUCCUGGAGCUGGUGGAAAGAUGCGGCGACCGCUACCACACCCUGGAAACCGGCGGGGGAGAACCGGAGCAGAGGAAAGCCGUGGAGGAGCUGCUGGAGAAGGUGGAGCAGGCGGUGAAGGAGAGCGGAAUGGAGGGUUUCAGCUGCCCUCUGUACCAGGAGGCCGAGGAGAGGGUGAGGAGGAGGCAGGUGGAGCUGGUGAGGCAGAGGAGAGGAGGGGAGAUGAACGACUCGGAGGAAAACGUGACGGAAGAAGAAAUGGAAUCAGUCCGUGAAGAAGCAGAGAGGAGCGUAGGGGAUGUGGAUGUGGAUGUCGAUAGUAUUUUCCCUUCUACCAGCGUCUCACCUUCAUCCUCUGCUCCCUCCUUCCUCUGGAGCUGGUGGGAGAAGCUGACCGGUUGGAUUAAAUGGCCCAGUUUUGUGAGGAGGGAGGCCCUGCUGGGGGCGCUGGUCGGCCUGUUUGUGGGAGGGCCCUUUGGAGGUAUGGUGGGGGCCACGGUGGGCUCUGUGGCUACUGAGGUGGGGAGAAGAAAAACACAGAAAACUAAAUGAGAGAUAAUAUAUUUCGCAACAAGUCGCACCUUAAGAGUAUUUCACUGGGCGGUGUAUUAGUGUGCUGUGGCCUUGCACCUCUCUAAUGUAUUUAUGCCUGAUCACUGCUUCACUACCUGUUUUCAACAUCACUGGAUUCCACUUAUUGUUGAAGCUUUAAAAAUGUGUGCUUUACAGAUGUAUAACAGUCCUUUAAUAGGAAUAAGCUUCCAAAUUAAAAAAAAAUCAUUUGGCUAUUGUAUAUUGUUUUCAAUUAUAAUCUUUCAUUUUUAAUUGUUAGUUCUGGAAAUUUAUCUUGAUGGGUUUGACCUCAGAUCUUCAUUCUCCAUGGAUAAUAGAGAAUGUUCCUGUACAGUCAAACAGUUAUUUGUUCUAAACACCUGGAAUGCUUGUAGUGCACCUGCAGAGGGGUCAUGGGCUUGGUGACGGAAAGCAUAAGCUGGCCUUAACAUCAGUAUUUAAUGUCCACCUCACCUGACAUUUUUUAGCUCUGUUUUUGGUCUCCACCGGUUUAUGGGAGAAAUUUCUGCUUUUUUAGCUGCUAAUUGUUCCACUGUGUUUACAGCUUAGUGUGUAUGUUGUUUACUGCAGAACAGGCAGUGUACUUUUUUUGUUUUUGGAAGCUUUUUCCAGUCUGUAGACAACAUUAUGAGAGCUGUGAGAGUGAAUAGAAACUGUUGGGGGUGAAAAAGCAAAAUAUUGAGUAUAAAGAUGCUAAAGGUUUGUGAAGCUCGGGUGAAGUUUCGGACCAGGUUGGUGGGUUUGUCCCUAAGAGAGGCCAAAACACAUAUUAAUUCAUUUAUUGUUGUUAUGAAAUUAUUGACUAUCGCUGCUUUAGCCAAAAUCGAACAAGUAAGUGGAGAUAUCCAACAGAGUCUGCACAGUGGUUUGGUGGUUAGCACCUUCGCCUUGCAGCUAGAAGAUCCCCAGUUCAUGUCCUGUUCUUCCCAGGAUCUUUCUACAUUCCAAAGACAUGUUGAGGUUAAUUGGUAACUCUAAAUUGUGCGUAGGUGUGAUCGUCUCUACAUGUGGCCGUGUGAUAGACUGGCACUGUUUCCUAAAGCCCAAGAUGACUUCCUCAAAUGUCUUGUUUAGUUCACAACCAAAGAUAUUCAGUUUAAUGUCACAUAUGUGGAAAAGAAACUUGAAAAUGUUGUAAUUUAAGAAGCUGAAAUUUGGUUUGCUUCUUGGUCUGGGCAUGAGAUCUUUCUCACGUUCUCCCUGUGCAUGUGUGAGUUUUUUUCCGGGUUCUCCGGCUUCCUCCCACAGUCUGGGUUAAUUGUUAACUUUAAACUGUCUGUAGGUGUGAAUAUGAGUGUGAUUGUUUGUCUCUAGGUGUAGCCCAGGGUGUCUCCUGCCUUCACUCUAAAUCAGCUGGGAUAGACUCCGUGACCCUAAUGAGGAUUAAGUGAUGCAUAGAUAAUGGAUGGAUGUCCAACAUCCAGAAUCAUACUAAUAGUCUGGAAACCAAGUUGUAUUCAUGAGUGAUCUCUAAAGGAAAUAUGCAUUAACAAUCAAUCCUUUUUAAACUUGCUACAGUGAAUGGUUGAAACUUUUUCAAUAGGAGGCAAUACCAAGAAAAUCCACAAGGUGGGGACAUUGAUCUUUAUAUCGUAGAGAUUUAAAGCUUCGAGAUGAACUGAGAGAUAAAUAUUUACUGCUUACCAAGCAAAUAAAAGCUGCUGUUUUAA